AUGAAUGACGCUUCAGCGGCGGAUGCAGAAGGAUCUGCUGUCCCUGUCUUUAGGAUAGAUCUUUCACUCCCUCCUUUCGAGCGAUAUGUCGAAUUAGCCAUGCGCUACAGAGACCAGAUGCGGUCUCUAACCGGUCUCUUUGAUGAAUUGCUAAUUUCCAUCCACCCUAGUAUACCGUUGGGCAUGGUUCACUGGGUCGCUCGUCUCUGCCAGCGAAGACUCUACGCGGAUGAAGAGACGGAGGAGCUCCAAGGAAUCAGUCGAGCGACCGGGAUAGAGAUGUACCUACUUGUGUCCUUCAAUGUGGUACUUGACUUGUUGAUGGGAUGCACCAGCGGUGCUGUAAAGGUGAAACAGGAACAGACGAAGAUGCUACAUUUCCGCACCCUUGACUAA